AUGAUAGGGAGGUGUACACAUUCCAAUGCCCAUCAUCACUCGACUGGACGGCAUUACGAGCAACAGUGUGCCUCAGGCCGAGAGCGAGUCGUGAGAGCGAUUCUGCACCAUGGCAAUGGCAUUUCUCUAGCUGGUAAAGGACGGGAUAGCCAGGCAAUAGAAUUGAUCGGAGAGUGGAGGCCGGCCCAAAUGCGACCUAGUGGCAGCGCAGAGGUCACCUACGUUCGAAAAUUUUCGGCUUGGCCUGAGCUAUAUCAGCUUCCCCGGAUUUCUUGGCAUAGAUGGGCAGAUAUAUACACGCAAAACCCGAGGACGUUCAGCCAAUCAGAUACACUACUGACGAGGGUAGUAGAUGCGGGCGCCCCGAGGCCCAAUCCAGGGGCUGGCCGGCUACUUACAGUGUUUACCAUUCUGUAUUCCCGAGUAGGACUGUAA